AAAAGAAACAUCGCAACAAAUCACAGAGUCCGCGCAAUGAGCUUCUCAUGGAUAUUGCUGGUGACUGUGGCGGCAGAGGGACUAAUUUUAGUCGUCUGGGGCAAGGCGGAUUCGGAUCACCGUCUCUCCGUGCUGCCCUUCGAGGCCGAUCUGAAGCCCUGCGUCACCGUUAAGUUGCCUUCUUCUCACGUAGGACGGCAAAGGUACCAGCGCUUCUUCGCCAACGACUCCCUCAUCGGCCGCCCCGUGCCCUGCACCCGCGAAGACAAGAUCUGCUUCCGGCACAACCUCAUCUUCGACCCGGUUACUGACAGAUGUGAACCCUUCGGAAAAGUUUGCGACACACUGGAAGAGAAGGUACUUCUAGUGGACAGAACAGAACUGGAACACGGAUCCGGACGUGUUGUUGGCUCUUGUCAAGAGUAUAACAAUGAGUGUUCUGGAUAUCGUAUGGCGUACGAUGGCAUCUGUCACGAGAAGAUAAGAUUAGGAAGUCUCAUCUUGUUUGAACUCGCAAAACCAAAUUUUAAUUGA